CGCAACCAACUCCUCAUCCCAGCGCUUUGUCAGAGAGACAGGACACGAAUAACAACAAUUAUUUCAUACCCUUCAGCAUCUGGAGUCGUUGCCGGUUUUGCAGCUUCGGCAGCCGAAUAAUCAGCAGUUGUUGUCGCGUCUAGCACUGACUUCCACUUCACCUUUACUUCACCGUAGCACUACAACAGCGGUCGACGUCAUUACGAUAACAACACUACAUUUGCGACAAUAUUCCACUUGAUCAACGCAACACGUUUCAACAUGAAGUUCCUUCCGAUUCGCGACUUUGAUACGGUUACGUCCGCGCUCAACUUUACAACGCCGGACUUGUGCGUCAAUGGAGGAUGCGACUUGUACACAACGAAAGCCGCCGGUUCGGACAGGAAGCUAUACAAGUCGAUUGAUCAAUCGCUCGAGUCAAAACAUGCUGCCCUACUCAAGUUCGGCGCAUCGCUGUCACCGCCCCAGCGCGAACAGAUGGCGGCUUCCUUGAACUUGUCGCGAUCCAGCCCAUUUGGUCCGCUUUCCGAUAUCCAAAGUCGUCGCACAUUUGCGUAUUUGAUCGCAACCUUGAAUGCGAGCCAUCCCGACUACGACUUCUCGCAUGUGCUGAGACCUUCCGAUUUUCGGCGGGAGCGCAACAUCCGCCGCGCGAUAGCGGCUUUCGAUAACACCAUGAGCAAUGUGCGACCAUUGUCUCUUCUUUCGCCCAAUCUUGGUUCAUCUUAUCGCGCAUAUGGCAGCUCCCCUUCGAGCUUGCCUGCCGCUGGUGGUGCAGCCAUCAGCAGCCCAGCUUGGGGCCCGCAAAUGUGGGCUAUGGUUGAUAAGGAGAUGAGGCUCAAGGACUGUGUCUGCUUCUCCUACCAGCCAGCCACUGACCCUUUUGAUGGAGAAGAAGCCGCCAUAUGGAGAAUGCAUUACUUCUUCUUUAACAAAAAUCUUAAGCGUGUGGCUUACAUGUACGUCAGGGGGGUGCCGUCCCUAAUGCACUCGUCGCCCGCUUUGCGACCCAAUGGCGGAAGACGCGGGAGCAAUACCCUUGCAAGUACGUCGUUUUCAUCGUCUGGCGCAAACAAGCGCGCCAAAUACUGGCUCGGUGACAGUGUUGCAGACCGAGUCAUUGAGAGUGAUGCUGAGAACGAAGAGGACGAUGAAGAGAUGGAGAUCUGGGACCCCGAUGAGGAUGUCGACUUCGACCCUUUGAAUGCUACAAAAAGCAACGAGAACAGUGAGGAUGAGUACCUCCAGAGCGAAAGUGAAGACGAAGAAGACGAUGGUGAUAGAGCUCAAAGCCCCGUACGCGGAGUUAGUGAGGACAUCGCAUCGCGGAUGGAGAUCGAGUAAACUCUUUUGGCAUUGACCACCUUUGCAUCAGCCACACACUCUGAUGCAAGAAUUUGUUGUUUGUACAUCCCGAAACAACUGGGUUACACUGAGGCACACAUGCUUCCACGUUUUUGCUUCAUCAACUGAAGAACGAUUCACU